CUGGGGUAGGUAGCUGAGGCGAGGCCGCAAGGGCGCCACGCCAUUAUAAGCAGCGCCACGCCAUAGCCAGAUCCAUAGGGUUCUUCUUCUUCUUCCCCGGACUACUGCUCCUCCACAGAUCGAAGCAACCUCCAAUCUCAGAUCACAUCAUCGGUCGCAGCUAGCUCGGUCGAUCUGCUCACCCAUGGCGUCCUCCAACAAGCACUGGCCGAGCAUGUUCAGGUCCAAUCCUGCUGCCUGCGACUUCCACCACCAGCCUGACAUGAGCAACACCCACACCAGACCCUCCUUGAUCUCCUCAGGGCUUGACCAGGAGACCACAAGGAGCCCGGGGGAGACGAAGCCGCGGUGGAACCCGCGGCCGGAGCAGAUCAGGAUCCUGGAGGGGAUCUUCAACUCCGGCGUCGUCAACCCUCCUCGCGACGAGAUCCGCCGCAUCCGCCUCCGUCUGCAGGAGUACGGCCACGUCGCCGACGCCAACGUCUUCUACUGGUUCCAGAACCGCAAGUCCCGCACCAAGAACAAGCUUCGCGCCGCCGCGGCCGCUGCCGCUGCCCAGGGCCAACAGCCUACCGGCGGUCGCGCCGCCGUGAUGCGCGCGUCCCUAGCGGUGAGGACGCCUGCGCUGGCUCCCGUGACGCCUCCGAGGCGUUUCCUCGCGCCGUGCGGCACGCUCCAGGCGCCGACCUCCUCGUCGUCAUCCUCCUCCGACCGCUCCUCCGGAUCCAGCAGGUCGGUCACCAUGAAGACGACGGCCAUGGCGUCUUCCGCGGUGGCCUCCCUGUCCCAGCCCAUGCUGCCGCUGUCGACCGCGGCCAUCGACCUGUUCGCCCCGGCACCUCCACCACUGACACCAUCGCCUGGGCUGUCCGCGUGCCAGCUCUACUACCAGCUGCAGAACCAUCCCAUGACAUCCAUGCCGACGCCGACGCCGGUGCGCGAGCUGGUCACCUCCACCCCGGAGCCUGCGCCGCUCCUCCCGCAGUGGCCGCCGCAGAGCCAGUGCCAGUACCUGCCAGCCACCGAGCUCGGCGGCUUCCUCGGCUCGCAUGGCCACACGCAUCCGACGGCGGUCUCCCCUGGCGCGCUCCUCCUGUCUGGCCUCUGCACCGACUCGGUGUUAGGGCAGCACGAGAUCGUGGACGACAUGAGCUGCUCCAAGCUGGGUCUCGGCGUCGGCGGCCAGUACCACUUCAACGUCCCGGCGGAUCCACCCUCCGACGCGGUGAGCGCCGUGAUUAAGGACGACGAGAAGGCCAGGCUGGGGUUUCUGCACCACUACGGCCUCGGCGCCACCGCCGGCGCGGACGUCAGUGCGACCGCCCUCCCAUGCACUCCGCCUAUCGGCAACGCCGCCGCAAGCUCUGCAUUCACCGAUCAGCUGCAAGGGCUGCUGGACGCCGGGCUGCUGACCGGAGGAGGCGCGCCGGUGCCAACGGCGACGGUAGUGGCCGUGGCCGCCGGGCGGCCGGGCGCCCCCGUGCAAUGCUACAGCGUGCCGGCGAUGGCGCGCAUGGACGUGAAGGCGCUGUUCGGCCCGGCGGCCGUGCUGCUCGGGCAGACCGGCGAGGCCAUCCCCGUCGACGGGGCCGGGGUCACCGCCGAGCCCCUCCAGAACGGCGCCUGCUACUACGUCCUGAUGUGAGUGACUCGCUGAAGAUCGAUCGCCGAUGCUGUGUACGUCUUGGGUCAAGGGCGCCGCGCGGGGGAAUUCCGGCAAGGCGAAUUACAGUUAUCUCUACCUAGUUGCUACAAGGAAAAAAAGUCCUUAUAUAUAGCUAGCUGCUAGUAUAUUUUGCUUUGGUCAGUAUGUGGAUCUAUUAUAGUUUCUAAUCGAGCGUCUUGUGUUAGUACUCUUAUUUUAGUGAGGAUCUCUUCUAACAUGGACAAUAGUGUUGGCUUAAUUUCCUGUUGCAAUAAGCUGCCCCAUGUUGCUAGUACUAUUCAGUGGUGGUAUUAAGAUUUAAGCAUCCUCUUAUAUUGUUAAAAGAAGAUUUAAAGUUGGCUAACAUGCAUGUAUGAGAUGAUAUGAACUUUGAUGAGAGGCAUGAGAAAUUAUUAAGUGUAUGUUUGGUUGGUGUA